AUGAAGGAGAAGUCUCCCCGGGUCAGGAGGAUACCUGCAUUUCUUUGCAAGGACUUUGACAUAGUGACCAACAGGUAUUUGGACAAUCAUUCGGAGAAGCUGCGCCAAGAGAAGCGAGUGAACCUCUUGGAGGCCACCGAGAAGCAUAUGGCGAAGAACGGCUUCGAUCCCCUGACCGGGAAGUUCUGCGAUCCAAAGGUGGAGGAGAGGGUGCAGAGAAUCGACGAUGCGCGGGAGGUGGAGAUUCACCUGCGCGGAGAAGCCAGGUACCCUCCAUCCUACAAAGGUCGCGAAAGUACGGCCUAUGGGAUCCUUUCCCAUGAGACGUACAAUCCGGAGAUGCUCCGGCUCUACGACACGAAGGAGAAGGAGCGCACUGGCCGCUUCAAGAAUCGCUACAUUGUGGACCACAACUUCCACGCACAGGAUCUCAAGGGCGACCACAUCCGCGAGCUCCGUCAGCUGAACCGCGUGGCCCCGGAGCGCUAUGAAGAGCAGAGAAGACGAGGCUACGACAUCAUCGACGGCCGAGGCUAUGGCCCCGGUGCCAAGGAGACUGGGUCAAGACCCCAAAAGACUAGAUGA